AUGAAGGAAGAUAAGAGUGGAGUGGGGGGGAUGAGAGAAGACUUGAAGAUCACAAAAAUAAAGAAAUGGAAGACUCAAAUUGGCUCCCUCCUCAGGUCAACAAUGAUGGGCUGUGCUCCAAGUCCACAGUCAAUAUACCUAGAACUUGAUCACGACGAUCGAGAAUCUGCACUGGUUACUCUUCAUAAGAGAGUUCUUCCUGAACUUCCAGAUCCUCGUAAUCAACAACGUGCUCUGGAUCUCAAAGGUGAACAAAAUGAGACAAACACAAUUGAGGGAGAAAAUAUUGGUGAUGCAGUGGACCAUUUCUUGAAGACUAGGGUCUCUCUAUCCUUGUCCCGUAUUCUCCACGGGAGGCUUCUUUGCAAUGGCAACAGAGCAUAUCCAUUGCAUUGUGGGUGGGCAUUGACUGCAAGAGACGACAAUCCAUGUCGUCAUCGUCGGCUUGAGAAGCUUUACUUUCUCACUGCCUCUAGGGUUCCCUUCUCCAACCCUCCUCAUAUCAGCAAGUUUUGGACUUUCCCAGUGGUACAACUUUUCUUAACCUGCAUAUCUUCAUUAGCUAUAUAUGUAAUGGGUAAAUAUGCCAGCUAUGAAUUCAAAAGAAUGAAGGCGGUAGCUGAGCUGAAAAAGAAGGAAGAAUGAAAGCAUCAUGUAAUCGAAUUUUGAGUCAUAGAAAAGAGGGAAGUAAUGGGGUCCGAUUCAGAAUUUUCAAACUUAAAAUCAAGAGUUGAUGCAUUAGAGGUGGCCAUGCAGGAGAUCGAAUAUGAACUGAAGAAAAUGCCAAGUGUCACCAAAACAGACAAUGAGGAAGAACAUAAGAAGAGGUUGCACAUUUCAAAAUCAUAAUUAUUUCAUUUUUACUCUUAGAAAUAUCAAAAAAUUAAAAAGCUUAACCCAAACAAGACUUUUUAAUCUAAACUAAAAUAGUCAAAAAAGGUAAAAAAUAAAAAAAUCAACUCACUUCUCAAAACAAAGCUGGCCAUUAGAGUCUUUUGGUUAUUCAUUGCUACCUUUAAAGUAAAUUAAAUUGUGUUGCAAAUGCCUUAAUUAAUUGAGGUUGUGAUUAUGUUGAUUCUUAGCCUUCGCUCGGCAAGUUGGGUUGGGUUGGGUUGGGGGUUAUUUUAGCCACAAAAAGAUAGCAUUGACUUUUUAGCUUAAUAAAACAAAACAUCAUAUCCAAUCUAUAAUCAUUAUAUUUUUUUCUCUCAAAAAAG